AUGGUCGCGACUCCACGGGCAAAGCGCGUGUCCUCGCCAUCUCGAGGGAGCGCAACUCGCACUCCAUCGCAAGGAGGCGCCGAUGUCACCGGCCGGCGAUCAGGCUCUCCUCUAUCAUAUGCCGCUGUUGACGACAUUGCAACGCUUCCAGUAGCCAUGCAAAGGCGCAUCGGUCACUUGAUGAAGACAUUGAGUGGGAAGAUGGGAGGGGCGAUAGAAUUGCGGCGCGACGCGCAGAGCCCUUGGACAUCUUGUUACUGUUAUAUCAACCACAAUGCUGGACGCCUGAUGUUCGAGUCUGGCACAGCGGGACCACAUCAGACACUUAUUUCCAAUCUGUUUGGAGCGACCACGCAAUACAGUGUAGAGAACGAGGAGCUAUUGAUUGAAGUGCGAUCGGCUGAUCAGACUGAAGAGGUUCACGUCAAACCAGCCACACAGCAGGAGUUCGAUGCAUGGUAUGCGGCGCUCGCUCAUUGGCAAUCGCUUGACGUUACCCCUCAACCUACAUCUGCGACGAAUACCCGCUCGCGUGCAGGGAGCAAUCGCAGCGACCGUCGCAGAUCUCUAGCGGCCACAGUGCCAAAGGAGAACCCAGUGAUCAAGAUCGGAAAGAUGAUCUAUUGGGAGACCUCCGUGGGCUUCGGAAACAGUUCAACAACCUCGCUCGGUCACGGCUCAUCGGGUCGAUCUGGGAAUUACAUGAUGCAGGCGGCGAGCACCCGCCGCUGGCGAAGAGUCAGCGGUCAAUUGAGAGAGAAUGGCGAGCUCAAGCUUCAUGCUGAUGGAGGAGAUUCGCUUAUUUCGCUUGUACAGCUCAGCCAACUCAGUCGAUGUGCCAUUCAACGCUUGGACUCGAGUGUUCUUGAGACGGAUCAUUGCAUUGCCAUCUACCCACAAUACACAUCCAGCUACACAAGUGGUCCGUCUAACCUCAACCGGCCGAUCCUGCUAAGCCUCGAAAGUCGUGUCUUAUACGAGGUCUGGUUUGUACUCUUGCGCGCCUUCACCAUGCCUUCGAUUUACGGACCGCGACUCGAAGGCCCACAAGGAUUAGACAGCAGCGGGUUAGACAUGAAUCGAGAUUUGGAGAACAUGAUUGCCACCAGCACGUCCUACGCCUUUCGAAUGGAACGCAGCCUCAAUAUUCGGAUCAUCGAGGCGAAAAUGGCCUCACCCACAGUAGGCGUGGAUAGCCUCGUCGCGAGUGGAGUAGGGAAGAAUCAAGCGUACAACAAUGCUGAUAAACACGGCUACUACGCUGAAGUGCUCCUUGACGGAGAGACUCGUGGUAAGACCGUCGUCAAGUACGACACAAUACAUCCGUUAUGGCUGGAGAAUUUCGAGUUUCAGGACCUGCCGCCAGUUCUCGGAAGUGCCAGCGUUACUUUGCGGCGCCGACCACCGGAGCCAGUACUAGCAAGAGAGCGCGAUGUGCGCCAGAUGCCGGAGACGUACACCGAGUCGCAAGGUGUUGUGGCCAGCCUGGGAUUCGAUGUACUUUGUGGCAAGGUUGAGAUCCACCUCGAUGAGCUGGAGGGCGAUCACACUGUCGACCGAUGGUGGCCGGCAUUCAACGCACAAGGCCAAAAGGUUGGCGAUGUGCUCAUCAACGCGCGUCCCCAAGAGGGCAUCGUCCUGAUGGCGCGCGACUAUCGUCCUCUUGCGGAAAUUCUACACCGCUUCGAGAAUAGUCUAACAAUUCACAUGGCUGAUCUCAUCCCGAGUGAGACCAAACGCUUAUGUGAUUGCUUAUUAGACAUCUUUCAAGCUUCUGGCAAGGCCACCGAUUGGAUCAUGUCUCUGAUUGAAGAAGAGAUUGACGGAAUCAACAAGGAAACGCCCAUCACUCGUCUCCGAUAUGUCAAGCGCGCCGGAUCUGACGCCGCCAACGAAGCGCCCAUUGGUAGCUACUCUGGUGCUAGCGAGCGGGAAGCAAUUGUCCGCGACCUCAACAAGACGGCCACUCUUGAGGCCAACUUGCUCUUCCGGGGCAACACACUCCUAACACGUGCCCUCGACACCCACAUGCGUCGGAUCGGGAAGGAAUGGCUUGACGCAUCUCUCACCGAGACUCUAUUCGACAUCGUCAUCAAAGACCUCGACUGCGAAGUAGACCCCAGUCGCGUGUCGCCUUCGGAAGUUUCGACCAACUGGGGCCGCCUCUUGCUUGCCACACAGGAUGUCUGGCGAGCUAUCAUGUCCGCGAGCAGUCGUUGUCCCGUGGAGCUCCGCCUGAUCUUCCGUCACAUCCGGCACUGCGCUGAGGAUCGCUAUGGGGACCACCUGCGGACGGUACAGUACAGCAGUAUCUCGGGCUUCUUAUUCCUCCGAUUCUUUGUCCCAGCCGUGCUCAACCCCAACCUCUUUGGACUCAUGAAAGGGGACCUCAAACCUCGCACCCGUCGAACGCUGACCCUCAUCGCCAAAUCCCUCCAGACCAUGGCCAACAUGGCCACCUUCGGGGCCAAAGAACCGUGGAUGGAGCCGAUGAAUGCCUUUAUUGUUCAGCAUCGCGAUGGAUUCAAACGAUUUGUUGACGAGGUCUGCCAUCUGCCCGAAUCCGCCACCUCACAUCCAAGCUCGCCCACUUCACCGCCGAUCUACAAUACACCCACGACUAUCAUGCAGCGCCUUCCGCCUAGCAGCCGAGAGGGCUUCCCGAGUCUGCCGUAUCUCGUCGACCAAGCGCGCUCGUAUGCCGAGCUGAUUCAAUUGUGGCUUGAGUCCGUGGAAGCAUUAUCGCGACCCACCGAGCUGAUUGCGAUUCCAACGCGAUCCCACGCGGACAUCCUUAAUGCGAUUGCUGCUUCGGACGAGUCCUUUGUCACUUUCAACGAACUGUGUGAGAGCCUGAGUGCACGCACGCAGGAAUGUCUUGCCCGUGCCGAACGUGCCGAACGGCCGGAGAGCGCCCCAAGCUACAACUUUGAGGAGGUCAUCGAGCAGCUUCAUCGC